CAUUUUAACGAUAAACAGUUUGCCAAAGUAUCAACAGAACAAUUGCAAGGAAUUCUCAUUAUGAUGUUUUCGCAAAUACAGCAUAUUCCACAUAUAAAGGAUAUUGAAGUUGGAAGUACUAAGACUGGUUUUGGUGGCUUAUGGGGUAACAAAGGUGCAGUUAGCAUACGUAUGAGUUUAUAUGGUACUGGUGUGGCAUUUGUUGGUGCACAUUUAGCAGCUCACGACAAAAAACUAAAAGAACGAAUAGAAGAUUAUAAUCAAAUUAUAAAUAAUCAUCACUAUGAUACAAACAAAUACAAAACGAUAUUUGAUCACGAUUUUGUUUUUUGGUUUGGUGAUCUAAACUUUCGCAUCGAUGGUACUGACUCAGCCUGGGAUAUACGUACUUUAGUGGAAGCUCGCCAAUUUGCUGAGCUACUUGAACGUGAUCAAUUAAAUUUAGUGCGUAAAACUGGAAAUGCUUUUGGCCGAUUAGAAGAGCAUACAAUUGAUUUUGCACCUACAUUCAAAUUUAUUGAGGGUACAUCGGAUUACGAUUUAAAUCGUAGACCUGCAUGGUGUGAUCGCAUUCUAUAUCGUGUUCAAGCUGAUAAAUAUCCUAGCAUUAAGUUGAGUCUCGACCAGCUAUCAUAUAAAUCACAUCCUGAGUAUACAUUAUCUGACCACAAACCAGUAUCUGCCGAAUUUCUCUAUAAAAUUGAAACCGAAACUCAUACCGAUGAAGACCUCCACAUACUAACACAUAGUGAUGGAAAUACCGAAACUCCAUUAGCCAGUUUUUUUUAGUGUACAAAAAAACGAAAAUUUAUUAACUCAAGAACAAAUCUGAAAGAUUGGUGAUAAGGUUGACGUCAAACGUUUAGUAGUCAGUAUGUUAAAGAACUACCUCUCUCUGUAUUUUGGGUCUUCACCUUCGUUUUGUUUUUUUUGUUAAAGUUAAUUAUUUUGUUUUGUCGAACGAAGGCAGUUUCUCAAAAUCUUCUCAAGUUUUUAACACACAGUAAUCUCACAUAAUUUAUACUCCUUAUUAUUAACAAAUUAUAUACACUUAAAACUGUAUUAAUAUUCACUAUAUUGAUUGUAUAAGU